GUGGCGGAUAUAUUGAAGCCGAGCGUUUCUUGUGUUUUCAAAUACAGAGCUCCGUCUCACUACUGUGCAUAACACGAAUUGUAUUUCGAAAUAUAAAUAUGUAUUUUAAAAACAAAAUGGUAUCGUACAUUCUAUAUCUAGUUUUAGUGUCAACAGUUGCUUCACAGAUUUCAAGAGAAACAUCAACAUCUAGAGUUGUUGGAAGAUUGGAUAGACUUGAAAGAAAAGUAUUCAUGCAAAAUGAUGCAAUUGAAGUCUUAAGAACUGCAUUGCAUAUUUUACAAAAGGAUCUGAAUGACGAAAUGGAUUUAAUGAAAGAGGACAUAUCUGAGCUUUUUACCAGGCUUACGGGAUCUUCAGGACAGGUUGUAAGACCUGUCGAAGAACCAGUUUCUAAAAUACAACACGGGUCAUGUGAAUGUGGAGCUAUUGUGAAUCAAUAUGAAAAUUUAAUGAUGGCAUUUAAGAAAGAAAAAAACGAAAAUAUAAUGUUUCGUAAGGAAUUUCACGAAAUAAGAAAACAACAUGAUUUUGAACACGGAAAUGCCAGCGAAAAGUUUAACAACAUGGUUUCUAGAUUAAACAACACGGAAAAGAAAUUGCGUUCAGAAAUAAACACCAUGAAGUAUGAAACAAUUGCAGAAUUUCACGAAAUGAGACAACAACAUGACUUUGAAAUCGGAAAUGUCAGCGAAAAGUUGAUUUACAUGGAUUCCAGAUUAAACAAUUCGGAAGAGACAUUACGUUCAGAAAUAAACACCAUUAAGUAUGAAACAAUUUCGGAAUUUCAAGAAAUGAGAAAACUACAGGACUUUAAAAUUGGAAACGUCAGCGAAAAGUGUUAUAAAGUCGAAUCAAGAUUAAACUAUGCGGAAAAGACAUUGCGUUCAGAUAUAGACACCAUUAACAAAGAAACCAUGGCGGUAAACCAUAGAUAUUCAGUGUGUCAAAAAGAUAUAAAUAACACGCGUUCUUACUUCAACGACGUGAUAAUUCAUUUAAAUGAAUCAUUGAUGAACCGUUCAUUGAAUACAUUGCAAGAAUUAUCUCGGAUAACAUCAGAUACUGCCCAACUUAAAACGUCGAAUGAAAUCUUGAAGAACAUAACUGAUAAUUUAAUUCGGCAUCACAGAUUCUUGCCUCAUAAAUCCUGUGACAGUGUAGUUGAGAGUGGUGAAUAUACAAUAUAUCCCGAUGCGUUUCCACAGGGCGUGAAAGUUUAUUGUUAUUUGGACUCUACGAACAAGGGCUGGAUAGUUAUACAGAGGAGGAAAGAUGGGUCUGUAGAUUUCAAUCGCACUUGGGUGGAUUACAAAGCUGGCUUCGGUGACUUAAGUGGUGAAUUCUGGCUUGGCAAUGACCAUGUCUACCAGCUGACUAAGGACACACCGAGACAGCUGAGGAUUGACAUGGAGAUGUUCAAUGGAACGAAGCGAUAUGCGCUGUAUUCUGAGUUCAAAAUAUCAUCAGAGUCUGAUAAGUAUAAGCUCCAUCUGUCCGGAUACACUGGGGACGCAGAAGACUGUUUAAUAACGAAUUGUUCUGGUUAUGGUUAUGGUAUUCACAACGGUCGGUCGUUCUCAACUUUCGAUAGAGAUAAUGACCGAGAUGGUCGAUGUUGUGCAUGCAUCUUUGCGGGAGGUUGGUGGUUUGAUGACUGUUUCAGCGCACAUCUUAACGGUAAAUACUUCAAGGAAAAAAAAUCCAUGUCUGGAUGGCAAGGAAUUCACUGGUAUAAGAUCACUGAGGGAAGCACAUCUUUAAAAUUUGUGCAAAUGAGCAUGCGCUAA